CCGAGCCUCAGUACCCGGGAGCUGGCGCUGGCGGCGGCGGCGGCGGCGGCGGCGGUGAAGGAAGUUUCCGCUUUGCACUCCACCCCGGUUGCGGCUUCGCUGCGGGGACAGCUUCCAGCAGACGCUCGGUGGGCAUCGCUGCCGCCCCAGGUCAACUCAGGCGGGUCAUGGGGUGGCCCAAGGGGCAGGAGGGCCAGGGUGUCCCUGAGGUAGAAACAAGAGAAGAUGAAGAACAAAAUGUCAAGUUGACUGAAAUUCUGGAACUCUUGGUUGCAGCUGGAUAUUUCAGGGCAAGAAUUAAAGGCUUGUCACCUUUUGACAAGGUAGUAGGAGGAAUGACUUGGUGUAUCACCACUUGUACCUUUGAUAUAGAUGUUGAUUUGCUCUUUCAAGAAAACUCUACAAUAGGUCAAAAAAUAGCUCUAUCAGAAAAGAUUGUCUCAGUCCUUCCAAGGAUGAAAUGUCCUCACCAGCUGGAACCCCACCAGAUCCAAGGGAUGGAUUUUAUUCACAUAUUUCCUGUUGUGCAGUGGCUGGUGAAACGAGCUAUAGAAACAAGAGAAGAGAUGGGUGACUAUAUCCGUUCCUACUCUAUAUCCCAAUUCCAGAAAACCUACAGUCUCCCUGAGGAUGAUGACUUCAUAAAGAGAAAAGACAAGGCCAUCAAGACAGUUGUCAACCUCUCAGAUGUUUAUAAGCCCCGUCGGAAGUACAAACGUCAAGAGGGAGCCGAGGAGCUACUUGAUGAAGAAUCUCGAAUCCAUUCUACGCUUUUGGAAUAUGGCAGGAGAUACGGAUUUAGCCGCCAGAACAAAACAGAGAAGGCUGAGGACAAAAAAACACCACUUUCUGCAGGGCUGUCAGCUACAGAAAAAGCAGAUGUCCAUGAGGAGGAUGACCUUCAGGCAGCUGAAGAGCAGCGUGUUCAGUCACUGAUGACCAAGAUGACUGCCGUGGCAAAUGAGGAGAGCCGUCUCACCGCAAGCUCCGUGGGCCAGAUUGUGGGCCUCUGCUCUGCUGAGAUCAAGCAGAUUGUGUCUGAGUAUGCGGAGAAGCAGUCUGAGCUGUCAGCAGAAGAAAGUCCAGAAAAAUUAGGAACCUCUCAGCUACAUCAUCGGAAAAUUAUUUCCUUGAACAAGCAGAUUCUACAGAAGACCAAACAUCUGGAAGAGUUGCAAGCAAAUCAUACCAAUCUCCAAACCAGAUAUAAUGAAACAAAGAAAACACUAACAGAGCUGAAGAGUCAUAGUGAGAAACUGGACAAAGAGCAAGCAGCCCUUGAGAAGAGAGAAGCCAAAGCAGAUCCAAGUAUUCUGCAGAACUUGAGAGCGCUUGUAGCCAUGAAUGAAAAUCUGAAAAGUCAGGAACAGGAGUUUAAAGCACAUUGCCGAGAGGAGAUGACACGGUUGCAGCAGGAAAUUGAAACCCUGAAAGCUGAGAGAACACCAGAUGAAAAGACUCUCUCCAGUGGGGAGCGGCAUGGUGUGCUGACCUCUACAAUGACUCACAGUGAAGACCUAGACAGGCGGUAUAAUAUGGAAAAAGAGAAACUUUACAAGAUCCGCUUACUGCAGGCUCGAAGAAAUCGAGAAAUAGCAAUUUUACAUCGCAAGAUUGAUGAAGUACCCAGCCGAGCUGAGUUAAUACAGUAUCAGAAGAGAUUCAUUGAACUCUACCGCCAGAUUUCAGCAGUGCACAAAGAAACGAAGCAGUUCUUCACUUUAUAUAAUACCCUGGAUGAUAAAAAGGUUUAUUUGGAAAAAGAGAUUAGUCUACUCAAUUCAAUUCAUGAGAACUUCUCACAAGCCAUGGCCUCUUCUGCUGCCCGGGACCAGUUUUUACGUCAGAUGGAACAGAUUGUAGAAGGAAUUAAGCAAAGUAGGAUGAAGAUGGAGAAGAAGAAGCAAGAGAACAAAAUGAGAAGAGACCAGUUGAACGACCAGUACUUGGAACUGCUAGAAAAGCAGAGACUAUAUUUUAAGACUGUGAAAGAGUUCAAAGAGGAGGGCCGAAAGAAUGAGUUGCUGCUGUCCAAAGUAAAAGCGAAGGCCUCCUGAUCAUUCCCAGCCAUUUUUGUAUGUCAUUGAUUUUUUUUUUUUUAAUUCCAUGUAUCAACUACAAGACAUGAAAUGGUUCUGAAAGCAACAGUAGAGAGGUGCAGGUGUAUUAAUUUCAAUUCCCUGGCUGUUUUCUGUCUCCUGUUUGCUACCAUUUCAUCUCUAUUAGUUGUUGAAAGAAUCAGAAAAUAUAAACACUGGCUUGGAUAACACCCACUGUCCUAUGAGGAAACACGGGCAGUACUUUCUUUGUCCAUUCAACUUUUUUCUCUUCAGUAACAUUACACUUAUAAAGGUACCUAUAUUUGUAUAGACUCUGAAUAAAGAAGAAUUCUUUUAAAUGUUAAUUGAGCAACCACUGAGAAAGAAGCACAGAGGGGGAUUUGUCAGAGUGUAAACCACACUCCCUACACCUACCUUCCAGGCAUUCAGCAAGUGGUCCAAGGAGCAAAUAUGCCCCACCUUGGCCAUCUAAGGUUUAUUUUAGUUUGUUUCAGUAAACAGAAGGCUGCUGGGUGAAUGAUCUGCCAGUGUGACAGUCACUUGGGCCCUUGACCUACCCUGGUGCUUUUUGUUCCUUACUUCUCAAGUUACCAGCCAGCAGGCUUGUAUGACACACAUAGUAACUUGAGUGAACUUAGUUUUGUUGAUUCAAUCCUUAUGUAUUCCUUAGGUUCAUUUCACCAAAAAAGUUGAAGGUGGGGUUCAUACUGAGGAUCUUUAAAAAUAAUCAACACCUUUCUGUGUCCUAGUUGUCAUUUGAGUCACAGUCAACAUGUGGACGGGUUUUCAGAUUCCUUUAUUUAAAGCACAUUUCCUGCUUAUACUGCAGAGAAGGUCAUGAUCUGAUCAAAGAAAGAGACAUGCACCAUACUGACUGCUGUAAGGGCAGGCACACUAAAAGACAGUAACAGGUACUGUGGGGCAGAGGAAGAAGCAGUAGGUUGUGUGGAAAUAUGGAAGUCUUCCUUAAAAAGUAACUAAUAUUUGGGAUAGAUCUGAAGGGAGAAUAGGAUGUUUCACAGAGAUAGGAAAUAGUUUUUGGUUAAGCUACACUGAUUGAAACUCAAGAGGCUACAGAGCAUUCAUACCAGGAGAGGAGGGCAUGUUCUGGAAUAUGCAGGAGGCUUUAGAGACCUGGCUGGACAGCUGACGAAUUUUAUCCUCUGUAAAUGAACAGUCCAAAGAAAACACAGAGUUUCUGUGCUGGCUCUUGCCCUCUGGCAAUUUAGUCUUGGUCAGUGUACCCCCACUGUGAGGUUUGUACUCCAUUUUUUGUAAACCAGGCACGUACACACUGCCCAAGAGCAGGGUUGGACUGUAAAAUGCAGUUUUGAAGGUCAGAGACAGUAGCAAUUUGUCUAUUUAAAAUUAUUUCAAUUUCAGAGAAACAUCUGUAUUAACAUGUAAAGAAGCUUAAAGCCUCACCCUGGCUAACUGGACUUUGUGAGAAAUUAGGAGAUCAUUGGAGCUGGUGUUAGAGAAGUGGGAGUAGUUGAUAUUCUGGAGUUACCCUAGUCCACCUGUCUGUGUUGGAGGAAGGUAUGGCACAACUGAUCCAAAGCAACUAAUGCUUUUUGAAAGUGGAGCCCUUUAUUUUGGGCUAUGUUUCUAGAGUUCCAUUUGUUUUGGUUUUGUUGUAGAGAAGUAUUGAUAGAUGUCUUUACCCUUCUUUUAGUCUACAAGGCCUGAUGAAAAAUUAGUCUCUGUUGCUUGAACAUACUUUAAAUUUAGACCGCAAGAGGCAAUCUUGAGAAUUCUGUGGUUGCUGCAGAUAGCCUGCAGGGUGGACACUGUCCGUGAGUGAUUAGGACAUUGGGCAGGUAGAAUAGUCAGGCCUUAUAGGUUAAAACUGCACUGAGGUCCACGGUCAUUUCAGGAGCUACUCAUAAUGGUAGGGGUAGAGGUCUUCCUGGGGCCAUAUCUUUUUCUGAGCCCAGAAACAUAGUGCUGUAUUCUGUUGAACCCACAGACUUUUCCAGAAAUAUAAGGAAGAGAGAAAACAUCCUUUAGUUACUGUUUUUGUAUAUGUGCUUCAGAAGAAAGCAGACAAUUCUCAGAACACUGAGCCCACUAAACCGAGCUGAGUGCCUUGUGCCUUGGAUAUCCUCCUGUGUCUCAUAAGACUACACAAGAGUUUUCUGAUGUGAUCCAAAAGGCUACUGAGAGUAGGACCAGAUUUGCUGCUUAUGACAUGUCUGUGAAGAUACUGGAACAUCCGGCAGUUCUUGGCUGUGUCCAGUCUCUGUAGAUGACAGGACAGCCAGGAGCACUAGAGGAAGAUACAUUGUGUUAGAAAACUGUCACAAAGUCACAGAGGAGUGUGCUUUCUUAUAUUAGAGAAUAAAUUCCAAGUGUGUGAGGCAUAAGCUUUUUCUGGAAUCUGACAUUCUGAUUUUAACUGGGCCUGGUUGGUAGCCCAUAUUUUGAGGACAGUCAGGCCCUACAGCCAUGUGCACUGAGUCUGUCAGAAUCAGGCAGGAGAACCAGCACAGGUUGGAGGUCUUUCCCUGUUUAGGCUGAGGAAAUAAUCCCCAAUAACACCACAUCCCCUGUGAACUACUGAAACCCUGAGUAGAGAAUAGGGAAGGCCAUCAGGUAGCACUCUAUCUACAAGGUACCCUCCCACAACUUUGAUAUUGUCACAUAUGGCGGGUCUUGAACAUAUCUUCGUUAACUAAAGCCUACCUGCCUGAAAGAGCAUUUGGAAAAGUCAGCUGUGGCCUGCAACCUGUGCUACCUGGAUUUCUGCUGCUCAACAUAGUCUUGUCUUGCUUACUUUAGGGGUGACUAGUGAUCAGUUUAAGAGGGAACUAGGCAUUCUAGCAAUAACUUUUAUUGGUUGCUACAACUGAGCCCAAAUCUCUUGUGAAGUGCAUAUAGUUGGAUUGAAACAUGCUUUGAGUCAGAACACUUUAAGGAAGUCCAUUAUUACUUACAGCCAGUGUUGACCACAGGUAAAAGAA